UACCAUAAUGGCUGGAAUUGUGGUAGUUUUCGACUUCGACAAGACCAUCAUCGACUGUGACAGUGACAAUUGGGUUGUUGACGAGUUGGGUUUCAAUGAUUUGUUCAAUGAGCUCCUUCCCACCAUGCCUUGGAACACUCUCAUGGAUAGGAUGAUGAUGGAGCUUCAUUCACAUGGAAAAACAAUUGAGGACAUUGUACAAGUUCUGCAGAGGAUUCCAAUACACCCCAGAAUAAUCUCUGCCAUUAAAGCAGCCAAUGCUUUAGGGUGUGAUUUGAGGAUUGUAAGCGAUGCAAAUACUUUCUUUAUCGAGACAAUUUUGAAGCACUUGGGAAUAAGGGAGUGCUUCUCAGAGAUUAACACUAACCCAGGUUAUGUUAAUGAAGAGGGAAUAUUAAGAGUGUUGCCUUACCAUGACUUCAACAACUCUCCUCACAGUUGCAGUCUGUGCCCUCCAAACAUGUGCAAGGGAUUGGUCAUAGGAAGGAUCCAAAAUUCGGUGGAUGAUGCAGGAAAGAAGAAAUUCAUCUAUCUUGGUGAUGGAAAUGGGGACUUUUGUCCUAAUUUGAAGCUCAAAAAUAGUGAUUAUUUGAUGCCUAGAAAGAACUUUUCACUGUGUGAUUUAGUAUCUAAAAACUCAAAUAAGAUAAAGGCAGAGGUACAUGCCUGGAAAGAUGGGGAAGAGCUAGAGGAAGUUCUCCUUCAUAUUAUCAACAAAGCUAUUGGUGGGCAUUAG